GAUUCUGUGAUUAGGAUGGUCCACAUAGAAAUUAAGCUUGUUUUGGGGUGGGCGGGGACAGUAUUCAUGACACUAUAAAAUAGUGCUACAACACCUUACUGCAGUGUGGCUGUGUGGUAAUUUGGUGGCUGUAAUAAUGGGGCUUAUGAACUGUGUGCUUGAGCUUUUAGCGCUGGUUGCAUUUGAUCAUGUGUACAGUGCCAGGCCAAUGGCUCAAGUGAUUCAGCCCCGGGUGUUUCAGCCUCGGGUGCUGAGUCAAGAUCCUCAAACAGUUGAUUGUCCACUUGGGGAGCAAUUGAAUUCAAUCCAAAGUUCUAAUGGAGUUCAAUCUCCGAAGCCCCAGCUAGCCCCGGUUACUUCAAAUCUGGCCCCUUUGAGUAUUCAGUCCAAACAAGAAUUGCUGGGCCCAGUCAGGGAGCUGGCUUGGAAGUUCCCAAAGGUCCAAGAAGAGCCAGUACAGCCAGAUUUUAACUUUGAGUUGCAGCAGCCUAGGCCUUCUGACAGUGUAGCAGUCCAGUGUUGGGAAAAUAGGGUGCAUGUGGAAGUGAAGCAGGACUUCUUUUGUAAUGGGCAGCUGCUUGAGCCCUCUCUUUUAUCUCUAGGGGGCUGUGGUGUGGAGAGUGUGGAUGCAACUGCCAGAGUCCUGAUCUUUCACUCUGCGCUUCAGGAGUGUGGUAGUCAGCUUUUGGUGACUGAGAAUGAGCUUGUAUAUACCUUUACCCUUGAUUAUAGACCAGCUACACUACAAGGCACCCCGAUUUUAAGGUCCAGUGGUGCUACAGUUGGUAUUGAAUGCCACUACCCCAGGAGACACAAUGUGAGUAAUGAAGUGCAGCCAGCUUGGAUCCCAUAUGCAUCUACCCAGAUUGCAGAGGACAUUCUUGUUUUCUCCCUGAAGAUCAUGACUGAUGACUGGAUGUUUGAAAGGCCUUCCGCCGUUUUCUUCCUGGGAGAUGUCUUAAAUAUUCAGGCAUCUGUGAAGCAGUACAACCACAUUCCCCUUCGUAUAUUUGUGGACAGCUGUGUUGCCACUAAAGGCCCUGAUGUGAAAUCUGCUCCAAAGUAUUCUUUUAUUGAACACCAUGGUUGCCUCACUGAUGCAAAGUAUACAGGCUCCAUCUCCAAAUUUCUGCCCAGAGUGCAUGAUGACAAACUCCAGUUUCAACUGGAGGCCUUUAGGUUCCAACAAGAAAGCAGUGGUGCUAUUUACAUCACCUGUCUUCUAAAAGCAAGUGCCGCUUCGGUGCAGGUUAAUGAAAAUCACAAGGCUUGUUCUUUUAGUGCAGAUGGAUGGGUUUCUUCUGAUGGAAGGGAUGAGGUAUGUGGCUGUUGUGACACAAGUUGUGGAUUGACGACUGAUAGCGUUUUAAGCGAAGUUCCAGGUUUCCAGUGGGAAGCAAGAGCCCAGGUUGGCCCUCUCCAGGUCCGGGAAAACCAACUUCAAGCCAAAAAUGUGAUUUAAUUUUUUUUUUUAAAUAAAGCUUUAAGUACGAA